AAGGUAACAGAGGCGGCGAUGUAGAGAUAAGACUUUUUACCUCUCACUGGGGAAGGGAGUGGUGAUGACGGAACAUUCUUAGGCGGGAGGGAGAGGAGGCUGGUUCUUCAAAAUGCAUUCUAAGCUGACUCAGGCAACUUUUUUGGGGGCAGGCACGGGCGUCUGGAGUUGUGGAGGCGUAGGCAGGAAGGUCAAAUUGAGAUCACAACAAGAGCAAGCGUGAUCUGAUUGAAUGAUGGAGCAGACUCAAGGGGCCGAACGGCCUCCUCCUGCUCCUCGGGCUUGCGUUCCCAUGCGCUGAAGCAUAACACCAGAAUAUAAGGCAACAUAGACCCGGCAGAUUGUACAAAGCAGUCGCUUUGAGCACCAUGUGCUCAAAAGGUUACCCUGGUCAACUUUGACAUGGUCAGACCAUCUAAAAGCUUCUUCACGGGAACUGAAAUUCUCCCGGGAAGAAGGCGAGUUAGCAAAAUAAUAAAAAAAAGCAGAAGACCCGCUAGCAGUAACGUUUUCAAUCUUGCAACCAUGACCCUGUGUGAACCGGGUAAUUUAAUUUCCGUCCUCACUUCCUGCCCUCCUAAACUUGGCACGAGCCCAAGCUGCCUAAUACGGUGAUUUUGCGAGCUCAGACCGGUCAAGCAAACCUUGAGUCGAGAGGUCAGCCUACACCGUCAACAGAGCAGCUCGCCGCUGUGGGGAAAUGACCAGGAAUGUGCGAUCUGUCCCUGCCUUGGUCCUAAUGUCUUUCUUCUUGACCACAGUUUACUCAAGUAAAGAAGAGGUACGGCAGUCGCCUCUUUCAGCCGAGUUUGUGGAAGGUCAGACCGCGACACUGAAUUGCACCUUUGAUCAUCCUGGAGCCAAAUCUUACAAAUGGUUGAAAGAUGAUCUGAAAAUACACCAAGCCAUCACAAAGUACCACGUGAGAGUAACUCAAAACAGUCAACUUUCCAACAAUGAGCUGUUUAUUUCUGUGCGGAUCAGCGACCUCUCAGUAUGCGAUUCUGGGACGUAUUAUUGCAUCGUAGAGCAACUCGGCAGACAGUUUAAGGGAGCAGGAGCAAGUCUUAUCGUGAGGCGUGCUUCACAAGAAAAACAAUGCCCCCCCAAUAUCAUACACAUCGGGGCGGCUGCAGCAGUGCUGUCGGUGCUUUGCAUUGCACUAAUUGCAGUGUCGGUGAAACUCAGGCAACGAAAUAAAGCCUGCAUUGCUCUUCAGAGGCAGUUUGUUGCAUACAUCACCGAAAAGUCAACAGAGUCUGCCCCAUCAAAUAAGAAAGGGAAGCACGCUCACCGAGAGGGAAAAACUUCGAGCUCCUGUCAAGAGGAGAAGAGAAAGAAGAAAAGAAAACCCAAAGAGCACCAUAGGAAGGAGAAUGCGGACUACGUCCAUGUUGGGCCAAGCCAUGGCAGACAGACCUAACCUCAGCAACAGAGGAAAUGUACAACGACUGCUCAAACAUACAUUACUUAGGAUCCUCAGCCACGCCACAAUCUUUCCCGAAGGCUAGAGACGAUUUCCUUUUUUUCUGUGUUGUUUUAAUAUUUCGCUUGAUUCCUGUCACGUCAAAAAUGAAUAGGUAAUCAUGCCAAGGUUACAGCCCUCCAAACCCUAUUAGUCGCCAUUUUAGAAUUCAUGAUUUGCACUGAGGGGUGAAGAUGUUGGACAGUGAAGUGGUUAUAAAUGGAAAUGAAUACGUUAUUUUGUUUGUGACAUUAUGAAUAAUUGGCCGGGUGCUUGGCCUCCCUGCUCCCCAGCCCCCUAAGCCCCUCCUCCACACAUCACCCCGAGUGCAUAUUUGUCUGCUCUCCAGUCACUAUCACCCCGCAUUGCCUUCAGCGGAAAUCAGUAUCAAGCGUCCUUCAGAACCCAAUUCCAUCCACGGGCGUAUUCGGGUAAAGUUACCUGGGAUCUUGGCUGGUUGAGUCUCUACUGAUCCUUCAGUCCGCUGCUGUUUUCAGCGGGUUACCCACGCCCGCUUUCUGCACUGAGGAUGGAGAGGCAAGGGGUAAGAGUCAGUCCUAUCCGACCUCUUUUAAGCCAGUUCAAAUUGAGCCAGCUAACAGAUCCAACCCCACUCCUCAACUCUCGUGGAAGAUCACUUGACCAAGUAUCAACUGGAGUCUUCCUUUCAUAAGUCAGGCCGGGAGUCAGCUGGGAUGACGAGGCGGGGGGUGUGGGGGGUGGGGACUGUCCUGGUCACCUCACCUCAUGUCAUAUCCAACUAUCUCAGGGGUUCUGCCAAAUCAGUUGGGAGUUAACGAGUGGGAGUUUGUGUAAUAAAGUAUGUAUUGAUUGUUGAAUUUUGCAGAAGCUUUUU